AUGUAUGUGACUCUCAAGAACUCACAGCAAGUGGUGGCGACAGCGGAUCUCGUGGAUGGACUCUACUGGCUUCGGACGACUCAACGAUCAGCGAAUGUGACAACAAGUGGAACCAGUUGUGCCGAUCUACAUGCGAGAAUGGGUCAUGCUCCAGUCGAUGUACUUCGCAAGAUGAUCGCGACCAACAUGAUCAAGGAUGUGCGAGUCCCUCUCAAGUCGGGUGGAGCAACUACAUGUCGAGGAUGUCAACAAGGGAAAAUGGUCAAAAACCAUUUCCAAGCAACCGAGACAAGCGCAGCUACGAUACGUUUGAGCUACUUCAUCUGGACAUCUGCGGGCCCAUGGAAAGGAUUCGCUCGGUGGCAGCAAAUAUUUGCUGCUGAUCAUCGACGAAGCCAGUGGAUGCAUGAAGGGCUUUUGUCUACGAGUGAAGUCCGAGAGUGA